UACAAUUUGUUGACAGAUGUGCCCGCUCCGGAAUCUCGAGCCUAGGCCAGCCUACCAGAACACAGCCAUACCAACCCCCCUCUCAAACCGCAACCUUCCAUUCCUCCGAUACGUCCAAAGAUAGGUAAACACCUACGACAAAAAACCCAUUUGACGCUACCGUCACAUGCGAGACGAAGAAGUAAAGAAAAAAUCACUCGCCAUAUUACAAAAAUUACGAUCAAACCGCGAAUUUGAUUUGACGCCUUGGGAGGGCUGAGGUUCAAAAACAGACAAAAACCCACCACAUCGCCCGCACAGAUCCUAUCCGAGCGCUGCAGGAGAUGAAAUAAAAAACUAGCGGCCAACGUGCGAUCAAUCAAUCGACAGACAAAGAAAAACCCGUCCGACCCCGAAAAUUUUCGCCCGCCUAUCUUAAUCCUGCAGCACCGUUUGCUCCGGAAAGCCAAGGCCUGGCAUUUUUAUGGUGGUGGAGCGAACUAGGCUUCCUUGGGGUUCUUGGGUGGCCUGAAAUCUUUGCGGGGAAAGAGGGAGCAAACUCGGGAACAAGGAAAUCGUUGAAGGAGGACUUUUCGUCAUUGUUAUAUUCUCCGAGUAUCCUUCAGCUUUCUUUCGGACUCGUCCUGCUUCGAACCUACCCGACCACCGGCCAUCGAACUCCUCCCGAUACCCGCACGCCGGAGACUUGCCUUGCCCGCCUCGCAAACAAUAUCAAAGGCCCACCGUUAAACCCGGUGAUACCCAUCGACACACAUAGAACUAGUUCUAGUGCCACACAGGCACAGCUGUCAUCAAAUCGCGAUUCGAGAAAGGAAAUAACUCCCUCGUAGAACGAAUUACACAAAAACACACGCAAACACGUGCCACCGCAGCCUUGCAACCGCGCAACUGCAUACCACCAAACAGGGGGACGCCGUUCACGAUGCCAUCCCAACGACCAUUCUUCCUCACGAGCGUCUUCGCCGCGUUCCGCCAACAGACCCAACCGCUAGCCUCGACGUCAUCACAACAACCAGGCAAGCAGUCGUCGACGUCCACAUACUCGACCGCGGCGGUCGCCAGGAGCACGCAGUCGCAGCAGCAGUCAUCGGCAACGUCGUCGUCGUCUCAACAACAAACACAACCCUCCACCGCGGCGUCGCAGCACCAUCAGCAGUCCAGUCCGGGCGUUCAGUCUUCGCGCACCACGACGGGGGCGGCGACGUCCGGCAUUCCGAUCCCGGCUCCUGGACGCAGGCGAGGCAGCGACAGCAGCACAGAGGGCUUCCAGAAUGUGCGCGGGGCGGAAAAGUGGUACGUCGGUGGCAGGACGGCGACGGGCGAGGAGCGCUUCUUCAGGCUGGGCGUCAUACGGCGGGUCCGCAGCGGGGAUAGAUUGAGUUUAGAUCGACUGAGCCUAUGAUUUUUCUCUUUUUUCUUCUUUUCCCUUCUCUCUCUUGAACCCCUUUUUUCCCUGUUCUUUGUAACAUUUUCUUUUUGUAUCUCACAGCACCAAAAAGUUUUUGGGGGAGGAGGUUUUUCUUUAUUUUCUUGUCUCUUUUUCUCUCUACUCCAAGCAUACGGAUGGCAAGGUUUGUUUUCAUUGUUUCCCCUUCCUCUUUAAACGCCCAGGUUGACCUUGUGGGAAUUUGGCGUAGGUCCAAUGGUAAAUAAGUGGCGUCUGCAUAUGGCGAGGAAUGGCGAAGAAAUGGCGUUGCGGACUGGAAUGGUAUUUCCUCCCCUUUUAGGGUUUAUUAUGUACUGGACGAGCUCGGGUUGGUUUCUUUUUUUGGGUGUCGAGAUGUGCACUACAACAAAGUAUUAGGAUAUAUUGGAAAGGCUUGUGCACAAUGGCACAUAGGCUAUGAAAACCGCAUAGGAACUGGCCUAGAGAGUCAUCGAGGCUGAUUCUAUGGCUACCACAUGAACCUCUGCAGCCGACCUUCGUCCAUCAGUUUCCCAUCCACGUCCUUCCAGUGGUAGGGCCUACAUAUGAACAUGUACAUGGUUCCGAGGUUGAUUGCUACGAACCACAAUGUCUCCAACACGAGACGCAGGUCUAGCCCUUGGGUCCACGAGCGCAGCCUAGUCAGGAGUCCCUUUUCUCCGGACCGCGGCUCUUGUACCCUCCAAGCCGGUACCAUGAUCCGCCACAUGACCCACGGCACGAUAAAGUAGCGCGGCUCGACAAGCGGGGCGGUAAUGAG